GCAGACGCUGUACCCAACUGACUGCUCGUCUACGUUCAGGGACUACGCAUCGCAAGGCAUCGGAAGCAACCCUCCCCUCGCGGGAUUUGAUUCCAAAUUAUAUGUUCUGUGUUGUCGUAAACCAUCUGUAAUCUGCUCGUUUUAAAUGUGUCAGGUGUUGUGAAUACUCAGCUUUCUUCUGUCGAUAUUUUGACACGUUAACAUAAUUUUUUCGUUAGUGAUACAGCAGCUUAAUUAUUCUUGAAAGGAAGGUUUCAACUUCAGUUUAAAAGCAGGAAGAGACGAUGAGAAGAACUUGUUAGAUCACUCCUGUUUACAAAGUUUAAGGAGCUAAUUUUUAAUAUGAAUGUAACUGAUCACGAAUAACGCAGAAAGUUACAGAUUAUGUUGUAAAUUUACAUUGAAUUUGCAAUAUUUGUAAACAUAUGAGCGAGGAGAAUUGUAUUGAUCUCCCAGUGACCUACACAUUUUAAUUACUGGGUGUUUAAGAGUAGAUUCAAACAUUUUGGAACAGUAACAUCUGCAGAAUACUGAGUUAAUUUAUUCAAAUGUGUAUCAGCACUAGGUGCACGUGAACUUACAAGGAUUUUUAUUUUAAGCGAAACAUUUAAUUCGGGAUUUGUUAAAAUCUGUGAAACUAACUUUUUUUUUCUUAUCGACUCCAUGUUUCUUAUCAAAUUUCUGUUUUAGAUCAUAUCCGUUAGUCUAACUGGUGCAUAAGUCAACGUACCAUCGUGACGUAUAGUUGUCGUUCUUCAAUGUGAAUAUCGUACGCUGUUGGAUGUAUGAUUUCAAUGCUGUUAAAUAUAUAUGGAGUGUGUCCGAAAUUUUGUGUUGUAUAGUUGGGCGGUUUAUGUAUGGUAUUAUCCGCUGAAACACGCUAUUAUAUUCAACACCCGUAUCUAAUACUGUGCUUUUAAACGCAUGGUUUAAUACAUUAAAACGAAACCUUUACUCCAGCAGGCGUACCGAAACGUCCUGUGGCAAAUAUUGCUGAAGACGAUUGAAGAUGGUGAUAUCUGAACGCUGUAUGUCAUGUCAGAAAGAGUUGACAAUUUCUUACUGAAGACAGAUUAACGAAGAUUUAUCCGAUAUGAUUAACGUUACCGGAGGUAUAUUGCCAGGCACAGCAGGGCCGAUGUUGCCUUCUGACUUAUUCGCAACUGUGCUCACCAAUUCCACCGCCAUGAUGGAAAACAUAUCGUCACUUAUACCGACUUUAUCGUCAUCGAAAUAUGCCAGCACCGAUCACUCGGAUUACCCAUCAGCCUCAGUGUUCUCUAGCGACAUGGCGAACACAUCAGUACCCGUGGAUCACCUUGAUUACGACGAGAACUCGACAGACAGCUGCAGCAAUGAAUACUGCAUAUCUGACGAUGACUACCUCAACAUGAUAGAGAAUCACAUAUUCCCCACGGCUUACGAGUGGGUCCUCAUCGCAUUUCACACUGUCGUCUUUUUCGUCGGCUUGAUAGGCAAUGCGUUGGUUUGCGUGGCAGUUUAUAGGAAUCACAGCAUGAGAACUGUGACCAACUACUUCAUCGUGAAUCUCGCCGUGGCCGAUUUUAUGGUGAUCUUCUUCUGUCUCCCGCCGACGGUCGUCUGGGAUGUGACGGAGACUUGGUUCAUGGGAACUGCGCUCUGCAAAAUUGUCCUGUACUUCCAGACGGUGUCCGUGGCUGUGUCCGUGCUUACCCUCACCUUCAUCUCCGUGGACCGCUGGUACGCCAUCUGCUUCCCGCUCAAGUUCAAGUCCACGACUGGCCGGGCAAAGACAGCCAUCAUUAUCAUCUGGCUUCUCGCCUUGGCUUUCGACAUCCCAGAGUUGAUGGUUCUGCAGACUCGGCCCAGGAAGGAACUGCGCAUCGAAACACACUUCUUCACACAGUGUUUGCCCUCGUGGUCCGACCGCUCUGAGAUGACAAUCCAUGUGAUGAAGGCGGUGCUGCUGUACACUCUUCCCCUCAUAUUUAUGUCAGUGGCGUACUGUCAGAUCGUGAGAGUGCUGUGGCGUUCCGACAACAUCCCGGGACACACCGAGACCAUGAACUACUAUGGUACAGGCGCGUGUAACAACUCUCUGUCUGCGAUCAGGCGCAACACGAUGAACACGAACGCCAACAACACGACGGAGGGUCAGCUGAGGUCCCGAAGGAAAGCUGCCAAGAUGCUGGUAGCUGUCGUCAUCAUGUUCGCGGUCUGCUACUUCCCAGUUCAUCUGCUCAGUAUUAUCAGAUACGCAAUGAACAUCCCAACCUCAGACGCGAUGGUGGCCGUCGCAAUGCUUUCUCAUUGGCUGUGCUAUGCCAACAGCGCUGUGAACCCAGUCAUCUACAACUUCAUGAGCGGAAAAUUCCGCCGCGAAUUCAAACGCACGUUUCUCCAAUGCCGUUGCCUUUAUCAGACCACAACCUCUUCUCCCCAAUCUGGUCACUUCAAUAACCGCGUUUCUACAGCCUGCGAGUACCCUAUGACUGCUUCAGCUGCCCACGGCUCCACAUCCGUACGUAGCGGCUCCUUCCUGCCCUCUUCCGCUGGUUCCAAUUCCCGACGACAGGGGCGCAGUUACUUGGCCAACAACAAUGAGACGUCCAGCAGUCGAUUCUGACAUAGACUGCUGGUGCCCUCCAGCGGCAGCAGUGUGGACUACGGCAGCAAACAUCGCCGGGUGACGUGGGCUUCACGAGAUACUCACACAUCUGAGGGACAGCCAGCCACGGUCCCACCAACUGCAGGAACAUUCCAUUAUGCUUAGAUUGCAGACACAAACCGCAGCAAAGAACGGAUCAAAACUGUAAAACCACAACCCUAAAAUGAAAGGAACAUACCUGGAUCUCUGUACGUCAUUGUUACUCACGAUCACUUGAAAACGAGUUUAAAGUUUAUUCUUUUUUUAAUUUUUUUAUUUAAAUAAGGUGGAAUUGGCAACACUGUUUCUCGCAUCGUAGCGUAAAGAAUAGUUUCCAUAUCAAGACACAACUGAACACCCUGCACUGUGCCUGUGAAGACCUGUGGAAAUGCAUCAAACACGCAACUGAGAGAGAUUUGAAUGUGAUAAGUCAUGUAUUCGGAAGUAUUGUGGAUUCGCUCAAGUUUGUUUACCUCGAAACUCUAAAAUUCCAGAUUAUUCAAUAACUCUGUGAAUAAUUUACCACGACUUUUUUUUUUUGAACUGUUACCAGGAUGGCGGGUUGGUCAGUCACAGGAACCCUAACGUCGAGAUAAGGAAGGUGAUCACUGUCGAGGGUCGUGAGACCUAAUCCCCAUGCCCUUAAGUGAUCAUGCUUUGUGGUAAAAUCUGCUUAAAACGGAAUAUUGUCUUGUAUGAGAUCUCAAAUCUCACCAUAUCGAUUUUAAUCUUCUGGUUGCGACGCCGUGAGAAUCUCAGAUCUCACGCAGUUUGAAUUUCCCAUUAUGACAUGAACAUGGUCUGUUAAGAUGUCUCGUGCGUAAUGCACUUUGUGUGUGACGUAUUCCCUUUGUGGAAAUAACCUAAAACGAAGACUUUCAAUGAACACUGACUGCCCGAAUGAAUGUUCUCUCAAGAGGUAGAUGUUUCAUGGCUGGCUUUUAACGUAAGAGGUUCUUACAGUGUUUGAUGUGAUCAUGAAAAUUCACAAAGAACUCCAUUUCACCUAAUGCUUUCCCCUCGCUAUGCUAUCGUAAUCGAGCCUUAAAAUACGUUUUAAUACAGUCAUGCCUCUCUUAAAGAUAUUUCCUGAAUAAUCGUUCCCAUGUUACAAAGCGUUUAUCACAGACAACCACAGUAGGUCUUACCCAUUAUAAAGAUCGCCGGUUGGUUCUUAAGUCAUUUAACGACACUGUAUCAGUCUUAGAGCCUGCCUUUCGACUAGGGAGAUAUGUGUACGGUGAGAUUUCAAGUUCUCAAGCGACGUGUAUGGAAAUGGGAGUCUUCUGGGAUAUUGUUCCGUGUUAUCUGGUAGAUAUUCACCGACGAUGCUAUGAUAAUGCAGUAAGUAUAGUGGGCGCAGUAGUUUUUGGCCGGUGGAAUUUUCAAGGGGAAGGCUAGGAGCGAGUCUCUUGUGCUAUGGUAUAAUGCUGACUGCACCGAGGAGCUUGUGUGACUGAACGCCCAAACAAAAGAAAUGCACUGACCGUGCCACCUCAGGUACACAGAGUAGGCCCGUCCGCCAGCUCCACUAGCACAAUGACGCAUUAUCGUUCUGGUCAGACUGUACCUUGGUGUCUUAGAUCAUCACCCUCUGUAUUCAUAGGUGGUAAUAUUUCUGGCAGACAGGCGCCAUGUUCGCUCAACUCCGUUAAUUGCCGACAGAUUUUGGACUAAACUGUUAUUCUUCUCUUUAGGAUUUUGCUGCUGGAGUUCAAUAUAAGGCUUCGCCCUUUUUUGGGUUGAACCGCGUCGAAUGUUGAGAAUUACACAACAUUUUGGCAAGCAUUGCAGUUGCCAUCUUCAGGGUGAGUAUGUUUUGAUUGUUUCUGCGGGUGUAAUGUGACGUAUCUGAUAGGGAGAGAGUGGGCUACUAGAUUAAUAUUGACCCUGAAGAUGGCAUCUGUAAUGUUUGCCGAAACUUUGGAUAAAUUUCAACAUUUGACGCUCAUCCCGAGAGUCGAAGUUUUACACAGACUAAACAGAUUCUAUACGUACAGCUAUGUGUUGUGUGUCUUUAUUUAUAGUCCUUGGGCUUUGUGAUGAUGUGGAGUGUUAAGAAUGUCAUGGAAAUCUGCAGGACUUAAGUGCUUUAGAUGAUUUUGCUAUAUUUGUUCCUUGUUUGAACGGUAGUAAUCUUAGUUUUGUGUGCGAACUUCAAACUUCGACUUACUUACUUCACUAUUGCAAUCUAAGUGAUAUUUAUAUGGCGUUAUUUUAAUAAAAUUUUCCAUUAUAUGCUAACGUUAUGUGAACUUAACAUUUUCGAUCACUACAGACCUAAAACUAUCAAGAAAAAUGUAUGCCCCAUUAGACAAAUUGGUUAUUAGCAUUAGCUCGUUUGCGUGUAAGUUCCAGUUAUGUACCUUACGUGUCAGUGACGUAUCUAAUACUUCAAAGGAAGAGAGAAGUAUAAAAUCAUUCAUACAAACAAAACUGUUUACACUUUAAGUGAAAAUUACUCCCUAUAAGUCAGUGGCUUGUCUAUUAUAUUUCAAUGAUACUAGAUAAAAAAACUUUUGAAAUUUGCACCGCACAUGUCAGUGGCUUAUCGUGAAUUAUAUUCCGAUGCUAUAACAUUAUUCGUCAAAACAGCGGCAGGUUUCUGAAGUUAAGUCCGCGAUGGACAUUAGAAAACAGACCCGUUAUGUUCAUGGUUACACACUCGUAAUUCGAGUAGGCCUGUAUCAAGAUCAGUGUUCCACGAAUUUGUGCAAUAAAUCGUAUAUUCCCAAGUUAUAGUCUGAAAAAGGGAAAUAUCUUAUCUUUCGUAAUGCAGGGUUCAUCGACUAUAGUUUUGUCUUCGUAUGCCUUCACGUUCACGGGACAAGGAUGUAUUUAUGGCCACUUACAGUUGUGUGCCCCGUUUUCGUGAGCGGACAUUUUGUGGUGUGCCGCAGGUGUGAAUAGGUUUCGGACCACUGGCUUGGACCAAAACACGAAAAUCGGGAAUUACCAUUUGUGAAAUCGCGUAAUCUUCUGUGAGACGUUUUUAUUAAAAGAUUUAACCAGUCCUACAAAUUUUCCACUCGUACCUAAUUUUACAGAAAAAGAUAAUUCAUUGUAUAGGGCUACAUUAAUUAAAAAUUUAAUUUGCAAUAAAAGUGAUUAAUUAUAAUUUCCUCAUUUACAAUAGCUGCAUCUUCAUAGCACAUAUUUUAAAAUAUUAGCCUAUAAUAAAUCCUUGAAACGGGAUAUUUUUAUGUCGUUAGCCAGUAAAGUUAAAUGUAUUAUCAGGCUGUUCGUAAUUUUUAAUUAAUUAAUAAUUCGUUAGGUAUUUAUACUACUCAGAUAUUGGUGUUCUUAUAUAACUUCUCCUUAUACUUAUCAGUUUCUUUGACUUGAUUAAGAAUUCGACAGUCAUGUUUUGUGUUAACUAAAGAUGUUUAUGAUGUCUUUGUAAUCAUGUAUCAUAUAAUACAUAUUGUAGUACUUGGGGAAAUUAUACGCUCAUAUUUAAAGAGAACACAACUACAAUAACGAGGUAGUUGGGGAAAAAAAUAUUAUUAAAUUACAUAUUUGUAUAUUCCACGUUUUCUCUUAUGUUUGUCACUGUUAUUAUUCCUUGCUAAACUUUGAUUCCAAUAUGGUUCCAAGACUUAUGCACAUCAUCUUACUCAGACUGGAUGUCUGGAUGUUUGGAUGUUUCGUCAUUCAUGUCAAACUGCACUUUGUAAUCAUGUCAGAGAAUAAACUUUAUUUCUUGAA